UACGAAGCUCUCACUAGAUUCUGUUCCGUAAAAGGUGUUCUAGCCCAACGAAAGGUGGAGGUAGUGUAUGCUUUGUCCAUCCUUUGGUGCCCAACCUUAUGCCGAGGGGAUUGUUCUUGUUGCUCCCUGGCGUGUGUGUUUAUCCUCCACACCAGAAGGCAAGGUGGCUGGAGGACACACAAAGACUCUCCCUUCAUUCACUGUCAUGACUGUUAACAUAUGUAUAACUUUACUUCUGUGGUGUCCCCUUUCACAACAAAGACCUAAGUAUCAGUCUGGUUUAUCCUUGUCAUUAUCACUUGUAAUUUUUCCUCACCAUUAAUUUCAGAUAGAGGACCACAAUUUUGGCUUGUGCUGAGUCUGGUCGUCCACCUUCAUCAUAAUAAGAUGCAUUGGACAGAUAGAUCUCUGCUUGUGGUUAAUUUGUUACAGGUGCUGUUGUAUGUACACAAAGUUUAACACUCCCUAAUAAGGCUGUUACCUUGUAUCAUGAAAUGAUAUACUGUACUGUAUAAUGAAUAGAGGUGUAAAGAAAAAAAUAGAGAAAGACAUAUUAGAUAACAGGGUUGAUAGUUCCUCUAGUGCAGGUAACAAACAGCCUUAGUAUCUAUAAAUUAACAGAUGCAAUAAUGGUCUGUUCUUCACUUUCAUGAAUUUGACACAUUAAUAGUUUGCAUAGCGGUGGGAUCACCAUUUACCUGUUGUAGACUAAAUGGGUCCCAGUCAUAAGAGGCCCAUACCGAACCAUUAGGAGUGGGCUCUUAAUUGUAAUGGUUAUAGUAACUUGAAUCUGGGACCCAUUUGGUCGGUCACCCUUUUUUAUUACUUAGCAGACAGGUGCUCUCUCAGGAUAUGUAAACAAUUCAUGAUAUGCUUCUCAGUUGGAAAAUUGGCGUGCAGUAAGAGUGAAAUAUAUGAUACUCCUUGGCAAAAUAUCCUAACACCUUUGUUGGUGUUUUUGUUUCAGAGCAGUGAAAAGUGUUGGUGAGUCCCAUAUACAAGACAAGCUUGGAAAAGCUUUUGUAUUUUCCAGCGAUUACUUUUUUAGAAGUAUGCACAAUACAAAGGAAAACCGUAACAGAUCAUGGUUCUCAGCCCGUUUGGUUUCCUGCUGAGAAGGGAGAUUAUAGCAGUUGAGGGUCACAAUUCUUCAUUGUCUGCUAUAGAGGAGUAGAUUGAGGACGCUGUUAUCCUGUUGCUCUCAGUUAGAGAUGAGAAGUACAGAGUGAUUUGACUGGAUGCGCGACUUAGAGUCUGUUUGCUGUAAGAAAAGCAUGGGAUAAAUGGAGUUAACAAGACAUGCUGCCCUCUAAGGCUUCUGUAACUAAUUCUUCAGAGCAAGAUAACAACAUAUGGUUCUGGUGCAUACAUACAAGCCCUGCUGGUCUUACAUGAUAUGCCCUUUGUGUCGACAUGUGUCCACGACGUUUUCCCAUUUCCAAGACCUGGUGCUAGAUAUCCGUUCAGUCAACAGUGUUGACGAUGCUCUCAAUCUCCACUUCAAGAAGGAAACUCUUGAUGUUGACAAUGCCUAUAAAUGUGAGCGUUGUCACAAGAAGGUUUCUGCCACCAAGAGACACCUCAUAGAACAAGCACCUCACGUGCUACUUAUACAGCUCAAGAGAUUCACUAUGUCUGGUGGCAAAAUUGGAAAACACAUAAGUAUUCAAAGAACAAUAGAUAUCUCAAGGUUUGUGAGUGGAGCGAGCAAACACCAGACAGGUAGUGGACCAUACCAGUAUCGUCUAGCAUCCAUGGUGAUUCACCUCGGUGGUUCACAGCAUGGCGGUCACUACACAGCCGUAGCCGAGGCAUCCAGCGGUACUAUGUUUGAAUAUGACGACUCAUCUGUGCGGUCUAUAUCUGUCCAGAGCGCACUACUGAGGAAUCCUUACAUCCUAUUUUAUGAGAUGGUGAGAAAACCGAAGGAGUUGAUGCAGGUGAAACAGGUAGUUCGCCAAAGUUCCGAGAAAGCCCUAAUCCGUCAAAAUUCUGAUUUGGUCUCUAAGCCCAUACCAACCAGUCACAGCGCCUCCUCAGUGGCGAAUGGCUUUGGCCGUGCCACUGACAACAUCGGGGAACUUGGAAAUAGAAAUGGUGUUCAAGCCCCAUCCAAUAAGCCUCCAUUAUCAACACACAAAGACAGGGAGAGAAUAUCAUUUGGACUAAAGUUUAGCCAGGGUAAAAGUGAAAGUACCAACAGCAAGCCCAACAAGAUCAUUCUAAACCCAGGCACAACAUCUCUCUUGGGUUCCAAGUCUUGUGUCACUAAUUCAGGGUCCUCCUCCUCAACUUCCACAUCUGGCAAACCAUCUUGUGCUCCCAAAACUGUGCCUAGUUUAGUUCCUUACCCAGAUGAUUCAGAAGACUCGGAGGUUGAUGAUUCCAAGCGGGGGUCUGUUAAAGCACACAGGGAAAAGUCUGUUCAAAAUGGUAAAGUGAAAAGUGAUAAUCAGAAAGUUAUAAAAGCAGUUAAUGCUAAGAGUAUAAAAAGUGAAAGAUUGAAUGGAUCUUUGCAUGUACAGAAACCAGAAAAACUAAGUAAUGGUGAUAUUAAGAAUACCGAAAGUGACAGUAGUGUAAAAAGUAACAGUUCCAGUAAAAAUGGCUCAUUGACACCCUUCAUGCCACGCUCGCUACAAGUAGUAAAUAACACCAGUCAGCAUCACUCUGCUGGCAGCAGUACAAGUUGUAAAGGAAAGGGUGAAUCAGGGUGGCAGGUGACAGAGGCAUCUCUACACUCACCCAGUGAAAGUAGUAGUAGUAGUGCUGGUGGAUCACAUACCAAUACUUUCACUGUGGUAGACCAACCUACUAGUUGUAAGUUAGAACAGAAGCAGCAACAAGGUCAGGUACUUGAAAAACCUGAAAACCAAGGGUGGACAGUCACUAUCAGAAGGCAACGUCCAGAAUUGGAAAAGUCCCUAUCACAUGACUCUGUAUUACCAAGCCCAGUUCAUAAAAAGGAUGAACCAGACUCUGCAAGCCUGAGAAGCAAAGCCAGUGUUGAUAGCUGUCGCUCUGAUCGCUCAACCAAAUCGAUGAAAAAGUCACUCCUUUCUUUGUUUACAUGUGUUUCAUCAUCUCACAGUCCCGAAAGCCCAGAAGAUGAACAGCCAGAGGCUUCACAUCCCCAGAAGGAGACACAGGAUUGUAAUAAACAUAAAUCCACAGACGGUGAUCGCACAAAGAUCAACAACACCGAAGACAAGACCAGCAAGGUUAAUGGUACUUCCAGUUUACCCGCUAACAGAGGAAGCAAGAAAGAAAUCUCCAACGACUCAAACAAGAAUGGUAUUAUCUCUCACAGUGAGAAUUGUCAUCACAGCUCAAAAUCAGACUCAGAUAGUGAAACAGAUAAUUCCCAGAGUAAAAGGUUUAGAGACCAUGAUGAUAAUGAACCUUCAAGUCCAUCAAAGAAAUGUUGUCCUGAAGUCAAGGCCAAAUCAUCCAAGAGGAGCGAGCAGGAAGUAUCAAAAAAUGGACUUAGCCCUCAUACCGAUACUUCAAAAAACGGUCCAAGUAAUUGCUAUGAGGCAAAGUCAAAAAACGUGCAGUGUAGUGACUCUGAUAUUUCAAAAAACGGAGUCAUUCACGAAAAUGGGAAAUCAAAAAAUGGACGUGCGGAAAGGGGAGAGAAGGGUAGCAAAAGCAGCAAAGAUCAAAAGCAAAGUAAAAUUUCAUCGAGUAACAACGGCGAAACAAUAAAGACCCAGAACGAUUCCUCCUCCUCCGUGUCAGCCUCAAGCCUCUCUGGGUCAUCGUCGGACUCCGAAUCAAGUGACGGCGAAGGUGAUAAGGAAGGAACUGAGCGUUGGGUAGAAAAGACUAAAGAAACUCUUGGGAAGGCUAGAACAAAUCCAAGUGCUAAUGUUGUCUUUUGGAAUGGAAACAUGAGAGAUCUGUCCCAUACACUAGGUCGUGACCAUGACAAUGAACAGAGUCGUGACCGUGAAAGAGAAAAUGUUAGAGAGCCUCAGAAAAGAAGAUCUGGAAUGUGGGACGGAAGUCGGACUACCGACGUAGUGGAUGAGUUGCGUAGAGCCGGAAACUAUGCUUAUGGAACAAAGGUCAACACCUGGGGUGGAGGCAGGAGUGCUCUUGACCACGAGGUUGAAAAAGACCGGAGGGAGAUAAAGAAGAGAACAUCAGAUGACUUGUACAAUGAGGAAUUUGACAGUGGCAGGACCAAGAAGAUGAAAACUGUAAAGAAGAGUUGGGAGUCUCAACGCUGGGACCGGGACUCGGGAAAUGAUUUUCAAAAGGUCCAAGACUUCCGUAACUCAGGGUCAUGGACGCCUCACAACCAUAGUCCAUACCAGUACACCAGCCCACAUUUCAACAACCAACACCCAAGACAUUCACAAUGGGACAAAAGCCGUAAUAACUACCAGCAGCGCAACAAAUCUUGGAACAGGUUUGGUAAACGCGACCAUAAAUUUCACAAGAAACACAAGGAAAGGUAUAAACAUUGGGAUCGUAGAGACUAAGAAUAUACUGUAUCUAGAUAUAUCAGGUCUUGCUAGAGAGCCACUUGGUCACAUAUGUUACAUGCAGCUGUUGCAUAGUCAGCAAUGUAUAACUGAACAUUUUUAGCUAUUGUAACACACUAAAUAUGUGAUCUGUGACUUAAUAGUAGUUUGUCUCCUCAGAGGCCCUGUUUAAUGCUGUAUUUAGGAUUGUAUAAAAUUGCUAAAUGCUGUACCGUGAAAGUUGUAAUAUAAUGUAAUUCAAUCAACGUUUUGAUAACAAAACACCCCUAACUUCUACCUAAUACCUGUUGGCAAGCAGGAGAUAACAUGGACUGCUGUUUUCAGUUCUUGUGUGCAAGUAUUCUGAGAAUGCUAUCCUGUAUAAUUUAUUCAUAGUACAGUAUUCAGAUAUUUUUGGUAAGAUUGAAUUCAUAAUGUAAUUGUCAUAUUGUCUUGCCAUUUGUCUUUUUUAUAUACUAAAAUAAAAUUUUAAUUCGUACAUACAAGAGGCCUCCAAAG